AUGUGUAAAGCCUUUCCUCCACUAUGUGAAGACGUGGCAACUUUGUUGUUGCAAUUAGGAAAAGUGUGUUUGUCUCAUUCUUGUGUAAUUAACAGCGUUUUGUUAUAUUGUCCAGAUUUUUCUUUAAAAGAAUCUGAUGGCAAACUACCAGAUGUAUUAGAGAGAUUGCCUUCUAAUUCUUAUCUAUCGCAAACUAUCAAAACAUCAUUCAGCAAACUUUGUGAUAUUGUUGAAAAAAAUGGCCUUUUAACAGAAUUACGUGAAGUUCAAAGUUUAAUUUGUUCUCAUGUACAUCAAGUGUUCAUAUCAGAUCCUCAUUUAGCUAAAUUAGUACAUUUUCAGAUUGAAUUUGUAUAUGUUGGUAAUGAACAAGUGGAAAAUAACCUUGUCUUUUUGGUGGGAGCUUUCCAGAAUGUACAAAAUUGUCCAUAUAAAUUGUUACAGCAAUUAGAAUAUCUAUUAACUUUGCCAUUGUAUCAACUUUGGCCAUUUGCUCUACCUUUUGUGAAUAAUUUACAAAAAUUACUUGAACCCAACGUACCUCGAGAAAUUCUGGAAAAAUCUAAGCGGCUUUGGUGGAAAUUAAACAGAGUAUUUCCUCGUCGUCUCUGGCUUAUAACAGUUAAUGCAUUGCAACCUCCUCGAUUUCCUUCUACGGUAGUUAAACCCUUAACCUUGGAUAAUAUUGUUUUAGAUCCAUUGCAUGUUUUAAGAUGUGAUGAAAGAAUAUUUAGAUGUGCUCCCUUAUUGGAAAUUGUUCUUCAUAUGUUGCAAGCUUUUUUAGCUGCAUCACGCACACAUUUGGCUCAUCACAUGUUAGAGCAUCCGUCAAUAGACAAAGUGAAUCAAGUUGAUACCGAUAAGAAUCGAGAAGAACUUCGCUCAGCCCUUGUUGCAUCCCAAGAAAGUGCUGCUGUGCAGAUAUUAUUGGAAUGCUGUAGGCCAUCUCCUGAAGAUAAAGAAAAAAAUGGCCUUUUAACAGAAUUACGUGAAGUUCAAAGUUUAAUUUGUUCUCAUGUACAUCAAGUGUUCAUAUCAGAUCCUCAUUUAGCUAAAUUAGUACAUUUUCAGGGUUAUCCUAGUGAACUGCUUUCUGUGACAGUUUCAUCUAUUCCAUCCAUGCAUAUCUGUUUAGAUUUUAUACCUGAAUUACUUAGUCAGCCUCAUUUAGAAAAGCAGGUCUUUGCAAUAGAACUCGCAUCAUAUUUAUGUCUUGAAUAUGCUAUUCCAAAAUCUCUUAGCAUAGCAAAAUUAUGUAUAAAUGUGGCACAUACUCUGUUAGGAGAUUUCGAGAUGGAUGAGUUUGUGGAAGAUAUAAAGAGAUGCAGAGUUGGUGUGUGA